CUGGGCUGGGAUCCGGAAGUCUGGGUGGAGCCUAGCUGCCCACUCCUCGACAGGCGACGUUGUGCUUCUAGCAGCUCACCGAGGUCCCUGCCGGAAGUAUAGGAAGAAGCGGACAGAUUUGAACACCUCUGUUUUCCAGCUUCUCUGAUCAUCAUGAUGAAGAUUAGACACAAAAACAAAAAACCAGGUAAAGGUUCCAAAGGCUGUAAGAAGCCCACAAGGCAAAAUGGGAAGAAAGUAACCUCCAGGCCAUCAUCUUCUCCCCAGAUUGUUCAUGGCAAUGACCAUGCCAGUCGUGAGGCCGAAUUAAAGAAGAAAAGGGUUGAGGAAAUGAGGGAGAAGCAGCAGGUUGCCCGGGAGCAAGAGAGACAGAGACACAGGACCAUGGAGAGCUAUUGUCAGGAUGUCCUGAAACGUCAGCAGGAGUUUGAACAAAAGGAGGAAGUUUUACAGGAAUUAAACAUGUUUCCUCAGUUGGAUGAUGAGGCCACAAGGAAGGCCUAUUACAAGGAAUUCCGGAAGGUGGUAGAGUACUCUGAUGUGAUUCUGGAAGUCCUAGAUGCCAGAGACCCAUUGGGCUGCCGCUGUUUCCAGAUGGAGGAGACUGUUCUUCGUGCAGAAGGCAACAAGAAGCUGGUGUUGGUCUUAAAUAAGAUAGACCUGGUUCCCAAGGAGAUUGUGGAAAAGUGGCUGGAAUACCUUCGCAAUGAACUGCCAACUGUGGCUUUCAAGGCCAGCACCCAGCAUCAUCAGGUCAAAAACUUGACUCGUUGUAAAGUUCCAGUGGACCAGGCCUCUGAGUCGAUGUUGAAAAGCAGAGCCUGCUUUGGAGCCGAAAAUCUCAUGAGGGUCCUGGGGAACUAUUGUCGCCUGGGGGAAGUGCGUGGCCACAUUCGUGUGGGUGUUGUAGGCCUUCCCAAUGUGGGGAAGAGCAGUCUGAUCAAUAGCCUGAAGCGCAGCCGUGCAUGCAGUGUGGGAGCUGUUCCUGGUGUCACAAAAUUCAUGCAGGAGGUCUACCUAGACAAGUUUAUCAGGCUUCUGGAUGCACCAGGCAUUGUCCCAGGACCCAAUUCAGAGGUGGGCACCAUCCUGCGUAAUUGCAUCCAUGUGCAGAAGCUGGCAGACCCUGUGACCCCGGUGGAGACCAUCCUUCAGCGCUGCAACCUGGAGGAGAUUUCCAGCUAUUAUGGUGUAUCUGGAUUCCAGACGACUGAGCACUUUCUGACUGCAGUGGCCCAUCGUUUGGGAAAGAAGAAGAAGGGAGGUGUAUAUAGUCAAGAACAGGCUGCCAAAGCUGUGCUGGCUGACUGGGUGAGUGGGAAGAUCAGCUUCUAUACACCACCACCGCCCACUCACACUCUGCCCACUCAUCUCAGUGCUGAGAUUGUUAAGGAGAUGACUGAGCUCUUUGAUAUAGAAGAUACUGAGCAUGCCAAUGAAGACACCAUGGAAUGCUUAGCUGUGGGAGAAUCCGAUGAGCUGUUGGGUGACAUGGACCCACAAGAAAUGGAGGUCAGGUGGCUCCAUUCUCCACUGGUGAAAAUAGCAGAUGCCAUUGAAAAUAAAAGCACCGUGUAUAAGAUUGGAAAUCUCACUGGGUAUUGUACCAAACCAAACCGUAAUCAGAUGGGGUGGCCUAAACGCAAUGUGGACCACCAUUGCCCCCAAAAUAACCGCGUAGUAGAGGUCAGUUCUGUGGAUCGCCGCCCGAUGUUGCAGAGGAUACUGGAGACAGACCCACUUCAGCAAGGCCAGGCUCUGGCAUCUGCCUUGAAGAAUAAGAAAAAAUUGCAGAAGCGUUCAGAUAAAAUCGCCACUAAGUUGUCUGACUCCAUGAUGUCUAUGCUUGACCUCUCUGGCAACUCCGAUGACUGUGCUGGUGACUGAGCAGCUGACCUUCCCCUCAUACUGCAAGUACUGCUUCCUGUGAGAUGGGAGANUCCAGAUGCCUUUCCAUUCUCCCUGAUGUACUUACAUAGUAGAACACCUCCAUAUCAUGUAUCUUCUGCUGCCCUGCCCUCCAUUCUUAUCAAAGGUCUGGAGCUGCCAAACCCUAAUACCCUCUACCUAAUCCUUCCUGUCUUUGAAAAUGACCUUAUGUUUGUUUUUGUGGUGCCAGGAAUUGAACCUAAUAGGUCCUCACACAUGUUAGACAACCAUUCUAUUACCAAGCUGUAGUAUUAUCAUCAUCACCAUCCAUCAUUAUCAUUGGGGGAGUCUGCUUACUCAACCUCCCAAGUACUAGGAUUACAUACAGGCUUUUGCCACCAUCCCGCUGUGUUUUAUAAGGUAAAUAAAAUCAGCAGACUCGUCGCAUGGUGACAACAUAUCUAUAACCAUGACACUUGGGGGACUGGAGCUAGGAGGACUGUAAGUUAUGGGCUAGCCUGAACUAUCUGGCAAGACCCUUUCUCAACAAAACAGCCCAAAACAAGCAGAAUUCAGCUGGGCACACACCUUUAAUCCUAGCACUCUGGAGGCAGAGACAGGCGAAUCUCAUGAGUUUCAGGCCAGCCUGGUCUA